ACACGGAAGUGGGUGGAUGCGCGGUGCCUGCCCGGCUUUAGUCGGACUGCGGUGUGGAGACCUGUUGACAUCCCGUACUCAGCGCUGCAAUAGCUGCCACAAUUACGAGUGGCUGUAAACUUCCUGUUCUGCAUUCACAAGUUUAAUAAACUCUAUUAAUUUUGAUCAAAGUUACCAAGUCCACCGGUAAUUUCAUUUGGGCUUUGAAAGUGACAGUCGCAGUGCAGAUAGGCUUUAAAAGUGGCAGAGGAAAUGAAUUUCAAUUCAAAGAUUAUUGCAGUUCAUACGGCAGCUAAGGAGUAAGGACAUAUGUAGUUCAUUCAAAACAAAGAAAAUGUUGCGUGGAGUGCUUAUCGUUCGUCUUUAGUUCUGAUCCGAGACUUCUGUGCAGCUUUUUGGAUUUCAUUGCACACGUGCCUGGUAGCGUUAAGUUCGCCAGCAUUUCAGUGCCAUCAUCAUCAUACUCUGCAUUGCUGCCAACGCUGCUCGAGAAUCAAACUACGUAAGCGGCAGUGUGUCACUAUAUAUGUAAGGUGGAAGUAACUAAAUCCAAUUGCUUGAUAGGAUAGGUUUUAAAUUUAUCUUGUACGCAUCUCAAUGGGAAGUUUGCCUCUGAAAAACUGAUGUAAUUAAUUGGUUCACAUAUUUAUCUCGGCCCAAAAGCUGGCUUGCAUGUCUGUUGAAUAGAUCACAGUGAAGAGCGUGCAGUGUUAAUUCGCUCAUUCUAAACGUACACUUAACGCGCAAACUGAGUUGUGUCUCGCAGAAAAGCCAUGCAGUGACAGCGAUAAAUGCUGCAGUAAAGCAAUUAUAUUUCUGUAAAUUUUCUUAGCGUUGUUUUAUAAAACCACGACAUCACUCACUCGACUCUGAUGUAUUUUACGAACUCAUAAACUGUUUCAAUGUAGGAGUGAUCUUUCUGAAAUUUUGUUUGAAGUUUAAUGCGAUUUUGAAAAUAUUUUACUUAAUUAUGCGUGUCUGUUAGCUAAUUGCUUGCAUCCAAUUGUUCGUAUAUAUUCUGCGUCCUAAACGCAACGAAGUUCUCACUCCGACUGCACACUACCAAGUCUGCAGUAAUUCAUACGAAUAAACCCAAGCUCGACGUCUUCUACUCUCUACCAUUUCAUUUCGAAGCAAAUCAUGACCAGCCGGCAAGAACCAGCCUCGAUGUUAGCCACUGCUGGAUGAAAGACUGGAUAGCAUCUGCUCUCAUUGGUCGCGGUGGUGCUGAGGAAGAUCACAAGCGUGUAUUCAUCAUUGCGUCGGUUUCAUCAGUUCAGAACGCAACAUGCACCCCGUUGAAUCGCAUUAGUUUCACCGCCUUCAUAUAUAAUGCACUGCAAGUCACAAAAAUGUCGUGGAUUUUCACAAGUUUUUGAACAUCUAUAGGAACAAAAAAAAGUUCAUAUUGGGGAAUCGUAAUUGAAUUUUCCGAAAUGGAUAGUUGUCUAAAAGUAUAGUAAUGAAUUUUCCAACCUGUUCUUUAUGACAUGACUCAAAGCUCCGAGUAUUCGAGAUCCCAAUGAAUAACACCUCAAGCCGAUGUAGUUAACAGAACGCCUAGUGAAUUCGUCUUUCAACUCUGCAUGCGAAUAAAAUAUUUUCCCAAUUUUGGAAUGGACUUCGAAGCCUGCAAACCACCUCCUAAAAGAUGGACGAACACAGUGGCUCCGUGCCACCGGACGCGGCAGAGACCUAUACACUUCUGGGUGACGGGGGCGCUGUGGCUGCAAAUCUGCACGUCUUUUGCUCUCCUUGUGUCAGGCACGGACGGCUUCUGCCCGCGCGGCUGCUCCUGCAACGACGUCAACGUGGACUGCGUCGGUGCCGGCCUCGAGGUCGUGCCCAUCAUGCUGAACCCCAGCGUGGUGGCCAUCAACCUCGCCAGCAACAGAAUACAGAGUCUGCAGGAGUCGCUGAACUUUUACCCUGACCUCGUGACGCUGGAACUGUCGAGCAAUCAGCUCACGUCUCUCGGUGUCAAUAACUUCCAGGGGCAGGCUAUCCUCAGGACGCUGAACCUGGACAGCAAUAGCCUCAAUUUGUUGCUCGAUGGCAGCUUCCUCGGCCUGUCAAAUCUAAGAAUAUUGACCAUUAAUAAUAAUCAGCUUACUAAACUUAAUGCAAAUGUUUUUAGGGGAUUAGAUUCCUUAGAGCAGCUUGAGUUAGUAAAUAAUAAAAUUAAAGAAGUUGACAGUUUAGGUUUCGAAUAUUUAUAUAGUUUGAGAAGAAUCAAUUUGGCUAGAAACAGACUUCACAGAGUGCCCAUAUCGAGCCUGAACAAUCUGGCUUCCCUUCACGAGCUUGACUUAUGUGAUAAUCAAAUCUCUAUCGUACCUGAACGUGCCUUCCAACACCUUGCCAACUUAACUCAUCUUAACUUGAAUAAGAAUAACAUUAGUUCAAUAUUACCCGACUCUUUUUUCGGUCUAGAAAAACUUCAAAAUUUGAGUUUACUGGACAACAGACUGACUCAGAUGCCGACUAGUUCCUUCUAUCCGCUGACACAAGUGACGAGCUUAGACGUUAGCGGCAACAUGUUCAGCUCGCUGCCUCGAGAUUUCCUGGGCAACUUGCCUUCAUUAACGCUCCUCAAAAUCGAGCGCUGCCCGAGGCUCGAAAUUGUCUGUCCUGACGCGUUCGUGAGCGGGUGGCUGCUGCAGGAGCUGUCGCUGCGGCAGAACACGAGACUCAGAGUCCUGCCGCCCGCUGCUCUCGCCCCACUCCUCGCUCUCAAGAAGCUCGACCUCUCGUCGUGUGGGCUUGAGGCCCUCCAACCUACUCAGGUUCCUAUGCGGGAGCUGCGUGUCUUGGACGUGUCAGGCAACCCGCUGCACUGCAACUGCUCCCUGGUGUGGCUGGCGCAGGUCGCAACCAACCGCACCCUCGCCCCUGGCUCCCCUAGCUUACGGUAUGCAGCGUAUAGCCUCAGCGUGCCUCUGCGAGAGCUGGGGUCGGGCGCGUGUGGGGCGGCGGUGGGGCCUUGGACCAUCGCGGGUUGCGUGGGGGUGGCGCUGGCGGGGCUCGUCACCAUCCUGGCGUUCUUGGCGUGCCGUUGGAGACGCGGCCAAGCCACAGCGUCCCAGGAAGCUGACGGCAAAUCGCUACAAUUUAGCGCAGCAGCGGUGGCUGAGAGAUCAAGACAGAGGGAAUUUAACGCGCCUCUGAGCUCGGAGCUGCCGCACAUGCAAGUCUACUCCUCCCCCAGCUACUACUCAGCGUCAGCUCCUCCCGUACAGUUCAUCUACCCCUCACCCAGACAGCCUCUGCAUUCCUGUCCUUCCGACUGUCCCUGCAUGCGGCAGUCACCUGCACUUCGUCCGCUCCUCAGAACCCCAUCCUCCACGCCCACUCAGUCGCGAAUUUUGGAUAACCAAACCCCAAUGACGAACAACCUCUCACCACACCUCGUGGACUUCCCUCCCCCGCCUCCCACUCGACCAAUCCCUUCCGUGUCUCCGCCGCACGUAUCGCCUCUGCACGCCGCGAGCGUUGGAGGACCUCACCACGUGCACCACUACAAGUACCCUCCUCAUGUUCCCCUGGGCAUGCAGCACUCGUAUCGCUUGCCCGUGCCCAUUGGGUCAGGUCCCCAGCACCUUCAGCUGCUGUCCACUGACUGGCUGUACGGCGACGACCCUCAGCAUCACUGGUACGCGAGCAUCGACCGCAGCAGCAGCAGCGCCGGCGCAGGUAACGAGUCCUCGGGCUACUGGGAGGAGGACAAGGAGCUGCCGACCGCCUCCUUGCUGCCGCCGGGACACAAUCCACAGCAGAAAAACGCGCCGUCGUCGCCAAGUGUAGAAGAUAAGAAUAUAGAGAACAAGAAGAGAAGUCCUGUCGAGGAGGAGGUGGUUCCUGUUUCGUACAUUUGA